AUGGGUGUGCUGGGAAGGCUGACUAACAGGGUAGAGAGAUUACAAUAUAUCUUUUCCAAUACAGUUAGUCAAACCGAUUGCUAUGUAAGCCUGACCUUGCCCACUGCUUCCCCUGAGACUGUCCGGACCAAAACCGUCAUGAACUGCAGAGAUCCAGUGUGGAAUGAAACAUUUUGCUUCAGGAUCCAGAGCCAAGUAAAAAAUAUUCUUGAGAUGAAAGUCUAUGAUGAAAAUGCAGUCACUAAAGAUGACCUCCUCUUCACUGUUCUCUUUGAUAUUGCUAAAAUCCAGCUUGGAGAAACUGUUCGCUUGACUUUUCAGCUGAAUCCAAAGACACAGGAGACGUUAGAGGUUGAGUUUACAUCUGAGAGCAUUCCAGUGCCUCCUGAAAAGCUUGUCACUAAUGGUGUAUUAGUGGCUCGUGAAAUUUCCUGCUUGGAAGUCCUGGUGGACAACAGAUGGAUGAAGAAAGAAACUUCAGAAAAAGACUUCUUGUUUUCAGUGAAGGGAUCCUAUGAAGAGAGCCAGAUACUGUCUCUGGGCUCUUUCUGGCAACCUGUGAAGUCCCUGAACUUUCAUUACAUCAAGUACAACCUGUCAGAGCUGCACAUGGCUCUGGCAGAGAAGUCUCAUUUCUACUCGUGUACUUCAGGUGAAAAGAAAAAAGACUGUCAUGCAUCCCUCACUAUUCCUCUGGAUUCACUUCCAUUCAAUGAGAAAGUGGCAGUAGCAAAGGAUGAGACAAUCAAUUUACAUAUGAAAUCAAAUGACUGGUCACGAAACUUAGAUGUUCGUUUGGAGUUUGAUCUGUGUAAGGAGGAGAAAAAUUUCCUACAGAAAAGGAAGAAGUUUGUGGCUUCUGCUCUGAAAAAAGCACUUCAUUUAGAGCAAGACCUUCAAGAUCAUGAGGUACCAGUUGUAGCAGUCAUGACAACAGGAGGUGGCACCCGGGCACUGACAUCUCUGCUAGGCAACCUGUUGGGUCUUCAAAAGCUGGGUCUCUUGGAUGCUAUUUCAUACAUCACUGGGUCGUCUGGUUCAACAUGGACUUUGUCACAUUUGUAUCAGAGCACUGAGUGGUCACAUAAGGAUCUAUCCAGACCGAUUGGUGAAGUCCGCAGACAUAUGACCAAAUGCAAGCUAAGCUGCUUUUCCCUGGAAAGCUUGAAAUACUAUGCCAAGGAGCUAAAACUGCGGAAGCAAGAGGGUUACCAGAUCUCUAGUGUUGAUUUCUGGGGGCUUCUUCUGGAAAAAGCAUUAAGUGAUGGGAAAAAUAACCACAAACUCUCAGAUGAGCGACAGGCAUUGAGUCAGGGUCAAAAUCCCCUACCUAUCUACAUGAUCCUGAACAUCAAGGAAGACUACAGCCUUUCAGAGUUCAAAGAAUGGGUGGAGUUCACCCCUUAUGAGGUCGGGUUCUUAAAAUAUGGUGCCUUCAUUCGCGCAGAGGAUUUUGGCAGUGAGUUCUUCAUGGGUCGCCUUAUGAAGAAGCUCCCAGAAUCCCGCAUUUGUUUCAUGAAAGGUCUAUGGAGCAAUGUCUUUUCCUACAAUCUUUUGGAUGCUUGGCAUUCGUCAAAUCCUACAGAAAGGCGCUCACUGAGGUGUACCCAAUACAAGGCUGUUGAUGUUGAUGAACCCUCUCCACCAGAUGGGAGCCAUGAGUUGGAGACUUACUUAGUGACCCCUGAGUGUGGCGUCGUGGGCAUUAUUCGGCGGCUGCUGACAGAGCGGGUGAUUUUUUCGAAGUUCUACAACUUCCUGAAGGGGUUCCAAAUGCACAAUGCAUACCUUCAAAGCAAAAACUUCUGUAUGUGGAAAGAUACUGUACUAGAGCAUUUCCCCAACCAGCUGACAGAAACAGCAGAGUUCAUGUGCCUGGCAGACACGGCAGGAUACAUCGAUAUUAGCUAUCCACCACUCAUGAGGUCGGAGAGGAAAGUGGAUGUUGUCCUGCACUUAAACUAUUCUUCAGGAUCACAGACACUGCCUUUGGAAGAAGCCUCCAAGUACUUCCAAAAACAGGGAAUCCCAUUUCCCAAAAUCCACAUGAGUGAAGAAGAAAAGAAAAAUCUAAAAGAGUGCUACAUCUUUGAAGACACAGAGACCCCAGAGGCACCAACAGUGGUGUUUUUCCCACUGGUGAAUGACUCCUUCAGAAAAUACAAAGAGCCAGGUGUGGAGCGCAGCCCUGCUGAGAUGGCGCAGGGCAACGUCGAUGUUUCUACCAUUUUUUCCCCCUACUGCUUAAACAGCUUUACCUACACAGGGGAGGACUUUGACAAGCUGAUAGAACUGACCAGCUACAAUAUUCAGAACAACCAACACCUGAUCCUUCAGGCUUUGAAUUCAGCCAUAGAGCAGAAACGACAGUGCAAAAAAUAA